UCUGAGUGGCCAUUUUAUCAGAAGUUUGGGGGGUUGGAAAAACAGUUGAUGCAAUAGUUAAUGUGUUUUCGUUAUUUUAUUACUUUACAUUGUUAUUUUAAUAGCGGUUAGUAGAUCCUCAGGUAUAGUCGAUGACCGGUCAUUUGGAUAAAAUUGCAUUUGGCGGGAACAGCGUUGCGACGCAACCGGCCAUUCAUUUUUUCAAGCGUGCGCGCGAUUAGCAAAUAGCUUAGGUUAGCUAAUGGCACCCCGCAUUUGACCAUAGUCACACGUAAACAUUACAUAUAAACACUAAAUUGUGGUCAGGACCAACUCGUGUUUCUAGAUAAAUUAGUACACAGAUCAGGUGUGAUCGCUUCGGUUGGAGGCUUGUUAGGCGUCUCGUACCUGACUUGAUUAUCUGCUGUUUGUACAGCGCGUGUUUUCGGUGUAAUCAUGACGGAGUGCUACAUUCGCGUGACGGAGGAUGAGAAUGAAGAGCCCAUGGAGAUCCCGUCCGAGGAGGAUGGCACUGUGCUGCUCUCCACCGUCUCCGCUCAGUUCCCCGGUGCCUGCGGCCUGCGCUACCGGAGCCCCGUGUCUCAGUGCAUGAGAGGGGUCCGGUUAGUCGAGGGGGUUCUGCAUGCACCCGAGGCAGACUGGGGCAACCUGGUGUACGUGGUCAAUUAUCCCAAAGUUCAUUUUGCAGAUAACAAAAGGAAGAUGGAUGAAAUGGAUGCCGCUUCUGCUGUGAAGAUCAAGAGAGGUGUGCAGAAGACAUCAGACCUGAUUGUUCUUGGGUUGCCGUGGAAAACGACGGAGCAAGACCUUAAAGAUUACUUCAGCACUUUUGGAGAGGUCAUCAUGGUACAGGUUAAGAGAGAUGCAAAAACUGGAAAUUCCAAAGGAUUUGGCUUUGUAAGAUUUACAGACUACGAAACACAAGUUAAAGUCAUGUCCCAGCGGCAUAUGAUUGAUGGAAGAUGGUGUGACUGUAAACUCCCCAAUUCAAAGUAUUUCCUGGAACAGGCUGGCCCAGAUGAGCCUAUGAGAAGCCGGAAAGUGUUUGUGGGCCGGUGCACUGAGGACAUGACUGCAGAUGAGCUUAGACAGUUUUUUAUGCAGUAUGGUGAAGUCACAGACGUAUUCAUCCCCAAACCUUUCCGAGCUUUCGCCUUCGUCACCUUUGCAGAUGAUCAGGUUGCCCAGUCCCUUUGUGGUGAGGACCUGAUCAUUAAAGGAACCAGCGUGCACAUCUCCAACGCUGAGCCUAAGCACAAUAAUAGUAGGCAAAUGAUGGAUCGUGGGCGUUUCGGGGGGUUUGGGGGGCAGGGCUUCGGUAGUAGUCGCAGUCCCAACAGCAAUGUGAAUUUUGGGGCCCUUAGCCUGAAUCCAGCCAUGAUGGCAGCUGCUCAGGCAGCCCUCCAGAGUAGCUGGGGCAUGAUGGGAAUGCUGGCCAAUCAGCAGAAUCAGACAGCCGCCUCUGGCACCACCCCUAGCGGAGCAACCAGUGGUAGUAGAGAUCAGAGCCAGAGUUACAACCCAAGCAGCAAUAACUAUAACACCAACAGCACAGCUAGUCUAGGGUGGGGGGCGGGCACCAAUUCGGGCUCAAGCAGUGGGUUCAACUCCGGUUUUGGAUCUAGUAUGGAGACAAAGUCAAGCUGGGGAAUGUAGAGAGAUAUGAGUUGGGUCUUGAAGUCUCCUAAUAUCUAGAUUAUAUGGUAAGUAUUUGAGAGAAGAAAGUUUAGAGAGAUAUUAUAUCCCUUGUAUUGUGAAAAUAUUUGCCUUUGAUUUUGUAAAAUUCUGAAUGUUCGUAUACGUGUUAUGAUUGCUCUUUAAGAUUAAUUUAGAGUGGUUGAAAUUGUUAGGAGUGAUAUGAACACUAAGAAAAUUGGAUCUUUUUUCAUAUCUUAUGGAUAUAAUUUAUUUAUUCCAGUAUGCCCACAUAUCUGAAACAUACUUUUUCAUUGCCCUCUAUGUACAUUUAAAGAUGCUCCAUAUGGAAAGUUGAUUUGAGUUGUAUUUUGCAUUUUUUUCCUCAACAUUUUUUAUGGUCAAGCCUUCAUAAAUCUCUUCUACAGUUCAUCACCUCUUUUCCAAUUUCCCGGGAAGAAGCCCUUCGUUGGCCGCAAUGCUCGAGCGAUCUCAGUAUCAGUUUCCUUCUUCCCAUGUGUAAAUGCUUUGCCAUCAAAGAGCACAGCUUCACUCUGCAUAUACUGUGUUAGACGGUGGGUGUUGUCUUUUUCUCCCCUUUUCAUGGAUGAAAUCUGUCCGCUUUUUGAGAGCUGAGUGAUAUGGUGAUGGAUUGUUGGUGGGCCAAGAGUGAGAGACUGAAUGAGCAAACAGACUGAAAGAGAGAGAGAACGCAAGUGUGCAAAGAACUGAUUGUGCAAUGACAAACGCAACAUGAUGGCUGCAAGAUGGCUGUGAGAAGAACCUGUGUGAGCGAGUGUGUUCUGUAGGACCAUCAGAAGGACAUUCAUUCUUCUGUCCCUCUUGUUCUGUCUACCUUCCUCCCUAUCUUAUAUUGCAAUCCUAUUUAAAGAGCUCAAGAAAAAAAAAAAAGAUAUGUAGUGGAAUGUUUAAGUGAUCUAAGUAUUUGUGUUCUUGCUAUAUAAUUUGAUGUGAAUGCUGUGUAUGGUAUGUGUUCUUUCUCCAUGUUCCUGGAAUUGUACGUGUGAACGUGAUGUAGUGCUGUCUGUGGGCAGGGCUUUGUGGGGAGUGGGUGGUGAAUGAGGGCAAGCGUGAGCUCUGAGUGGUUUAACUGGGGUGAUGUAUUGAUGAUGAAAGCGAAGAAUGCCUAUAGAAGAGGUUGCUUUUGUUACAUGUUUUGAAUGCUUUUUAUAUGUUUUGUGAAUCAAAGGGAACUCGAAUAAAAAAUAAUUUGACUAGUU